CUCUAACUACUUAUAAUUUGGAAGGCAUCACAAUAUUCACCAGUUAGACUAUACUCAUAGAUAAGAGUCUUUUUCUUGAGAGAACAAACAUUAGAAUUAUGUCUUGGUUUCUUGUGAUAUUGUUACUUAGUCAAAUAUGUGGUUGUUGUCUUUCUGAGGCUGGCCAUGACAAGAAACCUUCCUCAGCUGUUGUGGUUGGCACUGUUUAUUGUGACACAUGUUUUCAACAGGAUUUCUCCAUGGGUAGCCAUUUCAUUUCAGGUGCAUCAGUUGCUGUAGAAUGCAAAGAUGGGAUCACAGAACCAAAAUUCAGGAAAGAAGUGAAGACAAAUGAUGCUGGAGAAUUCAGAGUUGAACUACCUUUCUCAGUGAGCAAACAUGUGAGAAGGAUCAAAGGGUGCAGUGUGAAACUUGUAAGUAGCAGUGAGCCUUAUUGUGCUGUGGCCUCAGCAGCAACUUCAUCUUCGAUACGUCUCAAAUCAAGGAAGCAAGGAUUACACAUAUUCUCUGCUGGUUUCUUCUCAUUCAAGCCUCUUAAACUACCAAACCUAUGCAACCAAAAACCAAGUCUUCAAAACACAAACAAAAACGUUCUUGGUUCUGUCAAAGAAUUCUUUCUUCCUCCAAAUAUUGACCCUUCAUUUCCAUCUCCAUCUCAAGAUCCAAACACACCUGGUUCUUUUCUUCCUAUUCUUCCUCCCCUCCCUACACUACCUAAGCUUCCUCCAUUGCCACCCUUGCCGCCUCUUCCGGGAAUAUCAACACCAAGGCCAGAUAAGACUAAAACUUCUAGAAAUGUUGAGUCUUUAGAUCAGAAAUUGGCUGCACCAGAAGACUUUAUUUUACCUCCUAACCCACUUCUACCACCUCCUACUGAUUCCAACCCAUUUCAACCACCACCAUUGAUCCCCAACCCGUUUCCUAACCCGUUGCAGCCACCGGCUGCCCCACGUUUCCCCACCCCAUUUCAACCUCCACAGUCACCAUUCUUUUCACCGCCACCAGUGCCAGGGUUUACUACUCCAUCACCCUUUCCUUUCUUUCCAUUGCCCCCUUCACCUAGCAUCCCUGGCGCACCACCUGCUUCAUCUACAAAGGAUGCAUCUCCUUAAUUGGACAUAUAUAUAGCAGCUCAGCUACUCAUGCAAUCAUGCAAAAUUUCUUUAUAAAUAACUCCUUCCACAUGAUCUCUCCUCAUUUUAAUUUCGAUAUGGACAAUGGUUAUAUGAAUAAUAUAUAUAUUGAUAAGUAUUAUUGGAAAAGAUUAAUGGACAGAUCAAUAAAUUUAUGAAUAUGGUAAUGUCAGAGGUAUAAUAUUGUAAAUUAUUAUGAUGUGUACAAUAUUGCACAUUAACAGA